ACAAAGACGAUUACUGAUGCGCUCACAAAGCCACUGACCGAUGCACCUACAAAGCCGCCCACUGAUGGACCUACAAAGCCGCUGACUGAUUCACCUACAAGGCCGCCCACUGAUGGACCCACAAAGCCGCUGACUGAUCCACCUACAAUGGCGAUUACUGUAUCACCCACAAAGCCGCUUACUGGUUCAUCUACAAAGCCGCCCACUGAUGGACCCACAAGGCCGCCCACCGAUGCACCUACAAAGCCGCCCACUGAUGAACCUACAAAGCCGCUGACUGAUUCACCUACAAAGCCGCCCACAGAUGGACCCACAAGGCCGCCCACUGAUGGACCUACAAAGCCGCCCACUGAUGGACCUACAAAGCCACUGACUGAUUCACCUACUAAGCCGCCGACUGAUUCACCUACAAAGCCGCCCACUGAUGGACCUACAAAGACGAUUACUGAUGCAACUACAAGGCCGCCCACAGAUGGACCCACAAGGCCGCCCACUGAUGGACCUACAAAGCCGCCCACUGAUGGACCUACAAAGCCACUGACUGAUUCACCUACAAAGCCGCCGACUGAUUCACCUACAAGGCCGCCCACUGAUGGACCUACAAAGACGAUUACUGAUGCACCUACAAAGCCGCCAACUGAUGAACCUACAAAGUCACUGACUGAUUCACCUACAAAGAAGAUUACUGAUGCACCCACAAAGCCGCUGACUGAUUCACCUACAAAGCCGCCCACUGAUGGACCUACAAAGCCGCUGACUGAUUCACCUACAAAGACUAUUACUGAUGCACCCACAAAGCCGCUCACUGAUUCACCUACAAAGCCGCCCACUGAUGGACCUACAAAGCCGCUGACUGAUUCACCUACAAGGCCGACCACUGAUGAACCUACAAAGCCGCUGACUGAUUCACCUACAAAGACGAUUACUGAUGCACCCACAAAGUCGCUGACUGAUUCACCGCGUACUGAUAUGACAGCCACUUCACCUUCAGUAGCGAACACUGAUUCUUUAGUAACUAGAACAACGCAUAUACCCUUAGAAACAAUCGCCUCUUCUCCUUCCAAAGGCUCCAGUGGUUCAACAGCGUCAGUGGCGACACCAGGGGUGACGGGUGAGAGUGAUAGUAGUGAAUCGGACGAGGCGAUCAGCUGUUACGUAUGUCGUAACGAGACUGAUGAAAAGCAGUGCAAGAAGACGGCACAGUGUACCGAAAGAAAGCCGGCUUGUAUGUCCAGUAUUCAACUGACAAGAGGCCGUAGUUACUACACCAUGGAAUGCGCUGUAACAAAUGAAUGUUCUAACCGAUGUACUUGUACAGAGGGCAGGUGUAGUGUAUGCUGUGAAGGAGAACUGUGCAACAGUGUCAAUGAUGUCUCCAGGUGCGUAUGUCAAACAAACACGGGAGAUCGUUUUACCUGGCCUAAAACGCUUCAAGGAUCCACCGCGGAGCUUCCGUGCUCGGGACAGUUUACGGGAAAAGCCACACGGCAGUGCUCGAGCACGAGCACGUGGAGGGAUCCGGAUUUCAGUAAAUGUCAGAGUAAGAUUACAGGAGAUCUAGAUGACAUACUUAAGGAAAACAUAUCAGAAAAGACGAUGAAGGUGUCAAGUCGUAUAAUGAAGUUAACAGAGAGGAGUUCGGAAUUUAGUGAGCAAGACGUUGAGAAGGCAGUGUGGAUUGUCACAGAAUUGCUCCAGCUAAGCAGGGAUGCUCGAGAUCGGAAUGUGAUAAAGAACACGUUGUCUGCAAUGAGUAACAUGUUCCAAGUCCCGAAGAGAAGCCUUGUUGGUGCUGAGCGUAAAUAUAAAUCUGCCAAAGGGUAUCUUAAGGCGAUUGAUAAUUUCACGGGUCACGUCGAUAUAAAAGAUUCCGCGAUAGAGGAAGUAAAUCCCAACCUGGCCAUCGUCGUUAAACAGAUCAGUCCGACUGAUUUCAAAAACAUUACUCUGGAGGUUGACAGACAGGUGUCGGGGAAAGAGUCGGUUAUAAUAGGAGAUUCGAUGUCCACCGUCACGGAAGGAGUGUAUAAGGAUUCUAUCAGUCUACCAGCUACGCUUUUCUCAAACGUUGACGACAGUUCUAAGCAAGACGGGGAUCGCGCUAGUUUCAUCCUUCAUGAAGAUGACAUAUUUUUCAAGGCUAUCCAAGAUGCCCAGGAGCAGCCGAAGGCUGUGGGUGAUAGGAAUGAGACCUCAGACGGGAAUGAGACCCCAGAUCGUGAGGAUAUCAGGCAGGUUAACAGCCGGGUGUUGUCUGUCAGUAUCGGUAACCUGACCCUCGUAAAUCUACACGACCCUGUAGUCAUCACAUUCACACACCGUCUGCAGAACUCGAGUAAUCCCCAGUGUGUGUUUUGGGACACGUUGAAUGGGACAUGGUCAGACCGAGGAUGCCUGGUGAGGGAAUCUGUCAAUGGGAGUCACACUAUCUGCCAGUGUGAUCAUCUCACAAAUUUCGCCCUCUUGAUGGACGUAUAUAACAGCGGCACGACAGAAUCAAAUCACCAUGCGGAGAAUCUAACUCUGUUGUCCUUUAUCGGCUGUGCCAUCUCCUUCUUCGGACUCGUACUCACCAUUAUCAUAUACUGUCUCUUCAGCAAAUUAAGAAGAGACACCCCGUCAAAGAUACUACUCAACCUUUGCCUGGCUCUGGCCUGUGCCAAUGUCACUUUUAUUAUUGGGAUAUAUGCCCUUGAGAACCCAGCUUUGUGCAAGGCUAUUGCAAUCUUGAUGCACUAUUUCUUGCUAUCAUCCAUGGUUUGGAUGAGUAUAGAGGCCUUCUACAUGUACCUGGCCCUGGUCCUUGUCUUCAGGACUUACUUCCGGCGAUUCCUGCUGAGGACCAUGCUGAUUGGAUGGGGCGUACCGUUGGUCAUUGUCGCAAUAACAGUCGGAGUAAACCGGACAGAAAACUAUGGAUCUCUGGCAAAUGAUAAACUAUGCUGGUUGAACCGGGUCGCUUUUUAUGUAACUUUCUUGGCCCCGGUGGGCAUCGUUCUCAUUGGAAACUCUAUCAUUUUUGCAAUGGUCGUGCGCCAGAUAUGUGGCCUGUCCUCCAAGAAGCUGAACAAAUCGGAGACAGUUUCGUUAAGCCAACAGUUUCGUGGAGUUGCAGGGGUUUUCAUCCUUCUGGGGCUCACCUGGAUAUUCGCCAUAUUUGCAAUAGGCGACGCUAGCCCGGCCUUCCAAUAUCUAUUUACCAUUUUCAACUCCCUUCAGGGAUUAUUUAUCUUCAUAUUUUUUUGUCUGAUGAAGCGAGACAUACAGAAGAGGAUGUUCUGCUGUGACUCUCAGUCCUUCCCGUCAUCAUCCAGCAGAGGUACACACAGUACAAAUCAUGGCACCAAACACAGGUUUCGGGCGGCUGUAAACGCUGUGAUGACGACGAGGCUAGUGAGCAAAAGAGGUAGCAAAGAGACGAUACAAGAGAAUGUAGAGGACAUUAAUGCCACUCCUCUUGGUCCGUCGACAGUGACACCAAGCUCCAAGGUAAACAGUCCUCCUCCGUAUGAAUCGCUGGGCAUACUAUACUAGUUACAGCUGCAUGGGAAACAUAGGCGUGCUGCACUAGUUACAGCUGGAGACAGAGAGAAAACUGUCCACCCUGAGAAUCCCUAAACCUAAGGGUGCUCUACAAACCUCAGUAUGCAUGGAAAACAUCUGGAAACUUAUCAUGUAGAAGAGAAAACUGUGUGGAUUAUACUUAUGCACGUAUAUUAUAGUUUGGUAGAAUAUCAUUUACAUGUACAUCAUGCAUGCCGUUCCAUGCCAAGGGAAAACUGCGUAUUCAUCUGUAACGUGUUUAAGGGUAUUUCGGGAUGUCAGAUGUAGGGCGUGAGGGACCUACUGUUCAAAACGCCCAGCGUUGUAAAUGUUCAUGUAAAUAACGUGUAGAGAUCCAGUGUUACAAAGUUGAGGCAAUAGCGUGUAGAUAAUGUGUAGUAAUUGACAUUACAAGUUUAGGGAAUAAUGUGUAUAUGUACCCAGAUAAUAUUACGUAAGUAAGGGAACGUUGUGUAGGCCUACGUCAAGUAUUCAUUGGCAUGUGUGGAAGGGAUCACUCUGUAAAUACUCAGUGUUACAUGUUUAGGGGAAUAUUGUGUAAAUACUCAGUGUCACAUGUUUGGGGGAAUACUGUGUAAAUAAUCAGUGUUACAUGUUUGGAGAAAUACUGUGUAGAAAAAAUGAGUGUUAGUCCUACAUGGAAUGUUGUUUAAUUACGCAUCGUAACAUAGUUUAAAUAGCUACUGUUACCUGUUCGAUAAGCUCACAAACAGAUGUUUUAUUAUCUCCUCUUGCAGCGCGUUCUGUGUAGGCCACUUUUUCAUUUUCACAAAUGAACUUGUUAGGGUAUACCAGCUUGGUAGAUGUCACAUGGAAAGUGGAUUUUAAGUACCGCUAACAGUAUUCCGACGAUAUAAAUUCGAACAUACGAUGCCAAUAUCGCUAAUACUGUUACUUAAUGAAAAUUUUGGCAAUAUAACUCACUGUCAGAGGAGCGUGAGUUUUUGAUGACAAACUCAACAGACAUCCAGUUGAAAACAUAAUGUGCAUAUUUCCAGUGUUACCUGGCUGGAUUUCCUGUUCUUGUUGACUGAAUAGCAGUAUAGCCUUAUAUGACUGUAACAAGGGACAAAGAAUUCCACGUUUAUAACAAUCGUCUGUAUAUACUUGUACAUAUUAGUUUUCCAUUACACGCUAUAUUCAACUCCAACUGUGAAUAUCCACAGUGCUUUCAGCCAAUAUUUGCGGUUUAAUUUACAUUCCGUGUGAGGUCGGCGAUUUAGUGCUAUAUCAUGGCACGUUCACUUAAGUGUGACAUCAAUUUUGAGUGAUGUUUGAACAUGUUCAUUUGCAUACAUUCCUGUCGCUUUAGAUGAACUAUCGUUGGUUUGCAUAUCUCACAGCUUUCAUAAGGUAACCAGUCAUCGAUUUUUCUUUACUUCUUAUGCAAUGCUGCUACAUGUAGCUAACAAUAUACAAAUGUAAUAUCACUUAAUAGGUAAUUCUUAGUCUGAAAAAAGACGAUAAUUCUUUAAAAAGUAAACUAACAAUGAAGUAAGAAUGUGUUUCAGUAAGUUUAGUUUCUGCUGACCUAUAUAUGCCCAAACCACCAUGAUCACCUGAAAUGGACUGUAAAAUUUCCUCGUAAUUUAUAUUAAUGUUUACCUUAUAGUGGGCUUCAUAAAGGAAUAAGGACUGUGCCAUAAACAUAUUGUUUUUUUUUCUCUUAUUUUUUGUUUGUUUUAUUUUUACUAUUGACAAUGCCGAUUUCUACUUUCUAUACAUUGUUUAAUAUGUUCAGUGUUAUUUUUUAUGUAUAUCCUGUACAUGAUAGCCUACUUUUUUGGGAUUUAAUUCGUAUAUAUAGUGUAAAUUUAUUGAUCUUUGUGUAAUUAAAGCUCAAAUUGUUUAUUUUACUAGAUGUAAAUAUUUAUAUAUUCUGUGUUAUGGAAAACAGAAGUUAUUAUAUGACACCGUCAUUCCGUCUGCGAGAAGUCCUUCAAAAUAUCAGUGUACAGAACUAAAUCAUUGUUUACGUAAAGUCAUAAAGCUAUAGCAAUACAGGAAGCAAUAAGGCCGACUUGGUGACCAUAAGCGGACAAUGACGCUUAUGUGGCCGUUUGCUUAACCUAACAUUUCUUGUAUUCCACAAAUAUGGUGUGUAUAUCUGUACGACACGUGUAGGGAAGUUUGUCAGUAAUUUGUCAAAGGUCGGUGGUACGCACUGCCAUCGCAGGAGUGGAAAAUUCUUGAUGAUACACGGCGUUAAAAACAAAGAAAUAAAUAAAUAAUCAAACCGUCUUGUUCAGUAUAUUUGUUACUAUAUCAGUUCAAAAAUAUUCCUUGUUUGAAGUUUAUUUAAUAACUAAUGGUUAAUUGGGUUCAAUCUUUCGCAUUUAUCUAUCUUCAUUUUAUCAAAAGGCCAUAAACGAUGUCUUAUGUAAAUGUUUAUUUGCAAUAAAAGAGUAUCAU